GUCAAGGAAGGAUGUAAAAGGCUGUGAGGGGGGAGAUUUUUGGCAGAUUUUUGGAGACACACUUCUGAUCAACACCAGCCUUUUUCUCUGAGUACCAACCCAUUCCAACAGUGAGACCAAACAAAGAUGCAGGUCUUGGCAGCGUUGUGCUUCCUUGUCUUGGCACACCUGCCCCCCCUAAGGGGGGAGGUAGUGGGAAGCUUCCAGGACGUCCCGGACUGCCUGGACUUCUUCUACGAGGGCUGGGUGCCCGAGUGGGGCGCGGCCAAUCCUAACGCCGCCCGUUUGUGUCAGCGAUUAAACAACCGCUACCACUUCGCCACGCUGUACGACACGAGCAACCGCAUCGCCAUCUACUCCGCCUACCUCUUUCAGACCAAAGACAAUAAAUCGACAGAGAAUGAAUGGUGUAUAGAGCCACAGCUUGUGAACAUGAGCUGGGAGAAAGACAUGAAGGAUGAGAAGGACCUCAAAGGAGACAAAGACAAAGUUAACGUGUACUUCGGUGAGAGGCAGGCUCUUGAUGAGGACUACUUAAAGUCUAAGUAUGACCGUGGGCACCUCAAUCCAAAACAACACCAAUCAGGGGACAGCCGUCAGGCCACGUUCACACUCACCAACGUGGUGCCACAGAACCGCAAUCUGAACAAUGGUAACUGGAGCAAGUAUGAGACGGAUCUGCAAAUAAACCUCACAAGGUGCUGGAAGGCCUACGUGCUGGUGGGCGCCAUCCCUUCCAAUAACACCUGGAUCGGCAUGAACAACACCAAGCGGGUCAACGUCCCCAAAUACAUCUGGAACGCCUACUGCUGCCUGGGCAAAAAGAGCCAGCCCCUCCAUAGCGGGGGGGCCAUAGCUCCUAACACUGACCCAACCCGUGUCAAGAGGCACACUCUCUCAGAGCUGAAACUGCUCCUGGGUCAGUACACCAACUCACCAGUGGAGGAGCUCUUUCACAACAACUGUGAAGCUUAGAGGAGUAUGGUAUGUUAGAGAGCUGUAGUCAGACACACCCCACACCCCACUCUUUAUAUGUUUCUGUGCCAGUUAACAUAUGAGAGUCAUUUACUUCCCUGUAAUUCCCAUUGCCCAUAAGCUUAUUAUCUAAUACAUGCACCAAAACUCACCUAUUUGCACUUUAGGCAUUUGGCUGAUGCUUUAACCAAAGUGACUUAAAGAAAGGAGCACUUAAUAUGGUAAGAACAACCCCACUAGAAAAAGGCAACACUGUAAUCUCACUCCCCAUUCAGCUUUUAAAUAAUCAACAUUGUUUAAUUUCGAUGUGGUUACAGCUACUGUAAUAAUGGAAGUAAAGACAAACUUCCGUGGGUCAAUAACACAUUUAUUAUGUAGCUAACCAUGCCUGCUUCCACACACACACACACACACACACACACACACACACGCGCGCACACCUGUCCCUGGCUCUCAUAAAUGUCUGCGUGAUUCUGCCAUUCACAAUAAAGGCUUAAUUCUUCAGUAA